GCUGGUAGUCCAAGCUCACACACACUCUCACACACUCUCACACACACUCUCACACACACUCUUACACACACACUCUAACACUCACACAGCUAACCUUGACAUAAAGAGAGAGAGCGCCUGCUGAACCCAUCACAACACCUCUAUCCCAUCUCCUGACUCUCAGAGGUUCUCGGAUGCAGAAAGGAUGGUUCUAGAGCAGCAGAGUUUUCACCGGGAGCCAUACUCCUCCUGUGUCUGAAGGAGUGAGCAUUCACCAUUCACAGGAACUCCUCAUGACUACAGAACAGCUGAUUCUCCUGCCGCAGAACCCGCAGAACCGCAGAACCCUCAGAACCCUCCAUCCUCCUCUUGUUCGAAUCUGAAAUAUGAAGUGUCCACUUUGCUGCCUCGCUCUGCUGCCUCUUUUACUGGGACUCAAUUUGGUGGAUGCCAAGGGAACGUUCUAUGGAAACCCCUACAGAUUUAAUCUGUUCAAGGCCGGAGCCGGUCCACAUUUUAACCCGGGCAAACCCAUGACUCGCCACAAAAACCACUGUGCCUAUAUUGUCCAGAAGAACAUCACCUGUACCAUGCAGGAUGGAGUGGCCACCUACGUGAAAGCGGAUUACACCACCAAGUGCAUCUGGGGACAGAAGUGUCCUGUCGUGAUGUAUCGGACAUUCUUCAAACCUACCUACAAGGUUGGCCAUAAGACAGUGACAGAGCUGGAAUGGCGCUGCUGCCCAGGCUACUCUGGAGAAAACUGCUUUGGUGGCCCUACGCCUGGCCCAGACUCCAUCAUACCAACAUUCAAGGGCUCCAUUCAAGGACCCAGACCUGGAAUGAAGGGUUUCCCAUGGGGUCACAACAAGAUACCAACUCCUGGGUCAGGGCUGGAGAUAGGCAUCCCUCUUUUCCCUGGUGGUCAUCAUGAUAACAUGCCAACCGGACACGUGCCCCCAGCAGGUACAAGUAUGGGUGUCUCUGGUGAGCGUCUAGAUCGUAUGGAGCAGGAUCUAAGGAGGCUUUCACAGGGUUUGGACACUCUGAAUGGUCUGAUCUCUGGCCUGGAGGAUCGUCUCCGUGUCUCGCUUCGUGAGGACACCACCAAGAUGGUGAGCACCCUGUUAGGUGGGGCCCCACGCCAGCCAGAUUCUACAGUGGGCUUUGCUGUCAUCCCUGAGGGCUUGCCGGACACCACAGAGGGCGGUGAGGGCUUCCCGGUCCUUGGUGAGCUGAUGGGAAGGGUGACAGAGGUAAAGGACGAGCUAAGGGUCAAGAGUCACAUGCUGGAUGAGAUCCAUGGUAUGGUAAUGGGCCAUGAUGGGCAGCUGAAGAGGCUGAUGGAGGUGCCAACCGGGGGCAUCCAGACGUUAAUGGAGAAGCUGCUGGAUGAAAGACUGGCUGGCGUCAGAGCACAGAUCCUGGAUGGGUUUGAAAGAAGGCUGAGUGACAUGGAAAAUCACUGCAAUGAAAAGAUUGGACAGGUUCAGAAGAAUUGCCAUAAGGAAUACCUGAAUGGUCAGGAGCAGCACCAGCAGUUAUUGGAUGGUCGUGAAACAGGCCUGAGGAAAGAACUGGGUGAUCUUCAGGCUCAGAUCCAGGGUCUGACAGUGACCCCGGGCUGCUGUGUUCAGAUUAAUGAUCUCUCCGAGAGGACCCUGCAUCUGGAAGAGUCUGUUAAGGGCCUGACAGAGUCUCAGAGGCAACUCCAGACCGUACUGAGUGAGCAGACAAUGCACUUGGAGACAAUGUUGGAUACUCGCUUACGAGAUGUUGAGGGCCGUCUGGGCAAGGCAGAGUUAGAUGACCUGGGUGGAGGUAUGGGAUCCCUGGAUGGAUUUAAAACCCUUCUUGAGGACAAACUGAAAAGCCUGGAGGAGCGUGUUUUUGUGGCUGUGGAGGAAUUAAGCAACGCCACAUCUCCGGCGCUACUGGAAGGCCAAGUAGUGCCAGCAUUAGGGACGGAGAUUGAGAACAUCCGUAGACGUAUGGAAGCUGGUUUGGAUGGUGUCCAGAAGCAAUUAACAGAUCUUGAGCUUCUUUGCACUUCAGCUUGCUCUCCGGUGCCCAGUCCCGAUGCAGCACUUAUUCAAACGGAAAUUGAAGAGUGCAAAGACUUGGAGAAGAAGAUUUCAGGGCGUCUGGACACACACACGGAUAUGUUGGACCAUCUAAAUAGUACACUGCAAGGACUUCUCUUUCAAAUUGCUCAAGAGGACCAAGAGGACUCAAUACAGGGUGAAAUCACACUCCUCAAGAUUAAUGUCAACUCCGUAAACCGCACCCUAAAGGGCUUGAGAGAUUCCGUGCACCUUUUCACUCAUGAGAUGAGUCACGUUAACUCCACAUGGCAGGAUCGCCAGCAGCGGUUGACCACACAAGUGCAUGGCAUCGCCAAGCUUGUGGGCCAGCAGGGAGAGUUGCUUGGUGCUGGAGAGCGCAGAUUAGUGCAGCUGAAGGGUGAGCUGCAGGGAUUGAGGAGGAGGCUGUCAGGGGAACUGCAGGGAUGUCGGGGCACAGCGCUGGAUGCUCAUCGUGAGGUCAUGGGAGUUGAAAGCCGUGUAGCCCAGGUUGAAGGCCAGUGUAGCAGCCUGGGAGAGCUUGCUGAUCAGUUGGAGAGGAUUCGCGCAGAACUCGAGAGCCAUUCCGACAGCUAUCUGGCGCAGGUCAAUGGCACCCUCGCUAGCCACACCCAGCAGCUUGCACAGCUCAAAAAUGGACUUCAGGAGUGCGUAAACAAGCCGGUCCAGUAGCCACCUGGAUACAGAGACGCUUCAAGAUCUGACUGUACAAAUUGAGAUGUUUCUCUUUCUGGUUUUAUCAACAGGGCAUUGUUUUCUUACUUCUUGCUUCAGCUUCUAGACUGUUAUCUUUGUUUUUGUCUUUAUUUUGUGUUGUUUCUAACCAAUGUGUUAACUUAUAUAAAGAAAAAACCUGAUUAUGAUGUUAUAUAUUGUACAGUUUAGCCCAGCCAUUCCCCUUAAUUUGCACAGUUUUCCCUGCUGUAGCACAUAUAAUUCAACUGAUCUGCUAAUCACUAAUAGGUAGCCUACUUCAUAAACUUUCUUGAACUCUUGAAUUUUUAUUUUUUGGGGGGUUUUUAUAUUCUGAAAAUAUCAGAUUUAUGGAAUGAUGUCUGAUUUACAAGCUGCUCCACACAUCUCAUCUCACGUUUCUCUCAGUUACGUCUAUUUUAAAAUGACUGUCGACAUUAUGGUGCUAAACAUAAAGUGUGAAAUUAUUUGUAUGUGAAAUAUAUGUCUCCUUAUUACUUUGAGGUUUUUUUUUUCUAUGAGAUUAUAAUUUUUCAUGAUUAAAAGUUUGUGUUCAGAACAAAAUGAGAACUAGGUGUGGCUGCAGCAUGGCUUGGAUAAUCACAUAUAAAAGAUGGACUGUUUUUCCAAUAUUAACCACUAGAGGCAGCAAUAACGCUAAUAAAGAGAUACACUUUAGGACUCAA